AUGCUUAGCCCCUCACUGACUGCCCCUCAGUUUGUGACCGCACGUUACAGUGACAGAGAAUUUGUGUGUGUACCUGAUUCGACAUUCGAACAAGGUGAGUAAAGACCCCUAUCCGAAGGUCGAUCACCAGCCUUUGAGUUCUGAUGUCCUACUCCUGAAACAACCGACUUCGAUUCAAACUCAGGACUCUCCUGGUCAAUUCUGGGACACAGCUAACGAACAAAACUACAAGGAAGCAAACAGCACCCGCUCCAGAACCCUCUUCUUCGUUAGUGCCCGCACCACUGAAGAACGGGAAUGGGUAAAGUUUUCAAGUCUUCAAGGGUGUGCUUAAUCAUUGUAUUGGUUUGGUAAUUAGAAAGUGGUUUGCGGGCUCUUUCAACACCCGAACACGUCAUGAAGCCUAAUCUUUCUGACAGCUGGACCUUGUUUUACAGCCUGAUUUUUCGCUGUCUGGUGAAACUUUUAAACAAUCGAAUACUUCUUCGUCCCGUUGGUUGAUCCAUACACCGCUCCUCUUACUCUGUUGUUCCAUAAGAGUAGAAGUCUGCUUCGCAUUCUUUCCACUGUUGCCCAUAUACCUUCUUCUAUUCUGGCAGAUGUCGUCUUUCAAGGAGACUUUCAGCGAGGGAACUGCAAUAAAAUAAUAAGUUAAUGAGAAUAGACAUACUGCCGUUCCAUAGAGUUCUAAAGGCAGCGGAGUGCUUUCGUUCAACAGGCCGCCAGGGCGCGCAUCCCGAGGUUAUGCGCAGCGUAAUCGCCUAGCCAGCUUCCUUGUCAGGAAGCAGAUGUCCGGAAACCAAAAGCCCGACUUAUUUAACUAACGACCCUCCCGCCCUUUGUAUACACGCUGCUUCCACCUAACUAUUUGCUUCCUGCUCAGGUUCAUUCCACGUAAUUUUAUCCCGGACGCGUCUGUCGAAGACGACGAUUACCGAGGCAACAUUGGUGACAUGCGCCGCAUCGAUCUUCCUCCUCCUCCUCCUCCUCCCCAUCCUCCUCCUCAUCCUCCUUCUCCUCCUCUCCCUCCUUCCCCUUCUUCUUCUCCUCCCCCUCCUCCUCCUUCUCCUCCCCCUCCUCCCCUCCUCCUCCUCAUCCUCAUCCUCAUCCUCCUCCCCAAAGUAAAGUACGAUUGGGUCAACAGGGCUGGAGAGCGGUUUCGACGCAGGGAUUCAGUUGCCAUAUACGCAUGGCAUGACAGCGGCCGCUCCCUUUCCCCGUCUCUUACCUCACCAAAUUGCAAACAUGAAUUAGUCGUGGCUGGAGACACACAGACAACCUGGUUCUGCCAGCAAGUUGAAGUUGACGCGGGGUCGUGAUCGCUGUGCUUUACACAGCCUUACGAUGUCAAAGACGGCAGCUGGGCGCACGAUGACCUUAAGCAGUCAGGAAUUCAGUGCGACUGCUGACUACUCCGGGUGAAUAGCCCUACCUGGGCACUGUAAGCACCCCUUUUCGGGUUAACUGCAGAAAGUUAUAGAUUCUGCAAGAUCUCAUGUGCCGGUUUUGGUGUUGUAAAUUGUGGAAACCUGUCUCGGAAGCCUGUCUGAGAAAUCUGUCUCAAGCCGUAUACCCAAACAUCAGUUAGCGGUGAGGAGACGAGAUCAUCCAUCUCAGGUGGCCAUGCACACACUGGACAGUGGACAUAAAUCUGCGUGGGAGAACACUUGGCGCCUGCCCAGUAAGGAGAGUCGGUGAAUUGCUGGGAGCAAUGCAUUCAGGGGAGCCAUGUGUUAAUCGGCUAAUAGACUUAGAUGCCACGUAGGAAUUUCCCACUGGCAAAUGCUAGAGGUGCAGCCAAUGCCGCAGGGGUGACAUAAUACAAAUAACGUGCAUCGGCGCAGACUUCGGCCAGCUGCAGGAUCACUUGCUUGACGCGGUUAAGUAGGUGGCUGUAUUGGGCAUUACCCCUAAGUCUGACGAGCUAGGGAACCUGUCUAGGAAAUUAAUGCAAUAAAUGUUAUUUUUAUCCCAAAAAAUCCCACCUAUUCCUGGAAAAUAUACAUCAGGUUCAUGACGAUCGAUAAUGACCGUGAAGCGGCUGGCUGCGUCAUUCAAUAUAGAUUUAACUGCAGUAGAUGUGCUAACUCAUGAAACGUUAACCGAAAUUCUGAAGUCGGUUUUCGACUCGAAAAAACUGCUUAAUUAGAGUUGCAAUAUUAAUUACCCUGCAGCAUAAUCCCAUGAUAAUUCAGUUACUUCACGAUGCCGGCAUUUGAGCGAACUUCUUUCAGGCCGCCUGCAAAACCUACGUUCUGUAAAAAUUGCUACUUAAGUAGCAUGAAUUUUUCUCAUUGACUAUCGAUGCCCCUAUAAGGUCAAAUGUAUUUCAUAGAAAGCAUGCAUAAAAACAUUCAUUUUUACUCAUUUGGUAGAAAAGUUCGGCUACUUUAAAUUUUGUACUUGAAGGAAGGGUAUAAUUCAGUUUUAAAAACACAUUUCCGAUUCCCGAAUAAUUUUGAGGUCGACCUGCCGUUAGACUUGCGUUCAGGGUUUCCAACUACAAGCUGGAUAUUUUCCGUGUACGGAGAACUAUACAUUUCUCAAAGGUAUUAAGAGGAGACCAUAAAGAGUUCCUAAAAGCCAGCAGUGGAUUUGAAAAUAUUGUAAACUUUACAAGCAACAUUAGUAAAUGUAGAGACACGACGAUUCAUAAACGGGCAUUUCACGAUCUUAAAAAAUCUCAUAAUUAGAAACUUUAAAAACCAAAUUAUACCCUGCCUUCAGGUAUAAAAUGUGAAGAAGGUGUAAUUUUUUACCAAAUGAGCAAAAGAAUAAGUAUUUUAUGCAUGUUUUCUAUGAAAUAUGUUUGAAUUUAUAAGGUCUGAUCUCACGACCUGUUGGUUAGAAGUCCAACGCUCUGACCACUGAGCUACGAGUUCGUUUCCCUGUAGGCUGCGAUUGGGCGUAUUAUUAAUGGUAGAAGGAGGUGCACCGAUCGCAUUACGGAACUCACUCGUUCCGUUGUCCCUGACGGGUUCUCCCUCUCGAGCCCAACCAGCAGCCGCACAGCGGCGCAUGAUAUAGGCAGAAUAGCAUUACCGACAAAGACAAGGGAGACUGGAAUGGCCAUUUCCGGCUUGUUAGCUGUUAUCAACCAGUUAUACCCCACCCCGAGGUAUGCAACCCCCCUGAACUAGGUAUGGCUGGCUGAUGACAGCUAAUGAGUCGGAAAUAGACAUUCCAGUUUCCAUUGUCUUGGCCGGUAAUGCUAUUCUGUCAAUACCACGCGCCGCUUUGCGGCUUCUAGCGGGGCCUGAGAGAGAGGCCCAAAGGAGAGUUCCCUAACGUGAUCAGUGCGCGCGCCUUUGCCAUUGUUAAUAUAUAUGGGCAAAAAGAAAUGUAUAAGGGUAAACAGGUGACUAUUCAUGACACUAAGGUAUCAACAGGCAGAUUGAAAGAGCAUAUUCAACGACUUCAUCAAAUAAAAAGCCUGGGAGAGCAGGACAAGACGGAGAGCCCAAAAAGUGCUAGAUGAGCUGAAAGGUGAGAACAGAAAAUACAAAUAAGGAAUUAAAACAUCUGCACUUUAACUCGCCCCCACUGAAUAAAUAUGCGCCCACACCUUGAUUGUUAACUUUCCGUGCAGGCGACCCUGUAGAUGAACUGGAGCGUGUAUUUGCGCCGAUAAGGUGACAAACAAUGCCUGAGUCUUCAUCCUUCUAAACGCCAAGGUCACACGCGCUGACCGACAGCAGCGGCUGCACCUUGCGCCACUUAACUAAAAGUCUCGACACGACAAUUCCAGAAAAGUUAGACUAAAAAGAUGGGUGUGCACAGACCACAACCAUAAAUGCAGACAGGAAUUCAUUAGCCCGCAGCCACGAGGACCAACACCGUCUAAAUGGCACAGCAAUGACUUGCGCAGCACAGACUUCUCUCUUUGUCUGUCCAUUCUCAUCAUAAUCGGAUGGCAAAGCAAAGCAAAGAUGACAGGUGGGCCUGGGUGCAGUCGCUGAUGUGGCUGAAUCCCCCUCCACAGAGGUCACACACACAUACUUGCUGGUCCUUGUACGUAUCCGAAUCGGGUCGCGGGAGUUAUCGGGUCUCUCAGCGACGGGAGUCACCAUAAAGGCACCAUAAAGCAGCCCGACUCUCACUCCGCAAAAGGGAGAAGAAGAAGAAGAAGACGACGAAGCAGAAGAAGAAGAAGAAGAAGAAGAAGAAGAAGAAGAAGAAGAAGAAGAGGGAGGAGGCAGCUGGUUGUUGGUACUUUUAG